CUGGCCACGUCUCAAACCCUCCGCACGCUCCUCCUGUGUGUGUCGGAGCAGCAGCUGCGGACCGAGCGGGGAGGAGGAGCACAGCCGAGGCUCGAGGGCUGUUUGCGGGGAGCGGAGCGCGGAGCCACCGGCUCCCGUCACCAGGCAGCAGGGCACCGUCAACACGGCCGGACGAGAGGGACCGGAGCCGGGGAGCUGUGGAGAGAAGGGCCGGGGGAAGGGGCCGGAGGACGGACUGAGGACAGAGGGAGCUCCCCGCGGAGACGAAGCCCCUGUCCAGUGACCUGCAGCCAUCAUGCCCCGCUGCAAAGUCAGCCUCAGCACCAUGAUCUUCCUGGUGAUCCUGCAGGGGGCAGCGGUGGUGCUGUUCUGCGGCUGGUACGUCCAGCUGAGUCACUGCGGCGCCCCAGACCCGGACAAGAAGGUUCACGUCCUGCUGCUGUCCUCCUGGCGCUCGGGCUCGUCCUUCCUGGGUCAGGUGUUCAGCCAGCACCCGUCCGUCUUCUACCUCAUGGAGCCGUCUUGGCACGUGUGGUCCAAGCUGCAGCAGUCGGGGGCGCGGACGCUCCGGAUGGCCGUGAGGGAUCUGUUCCACAGUGUGUUCCAGUGCGACUUCUCAGUGAUGGAGGCUUAUCUCCCGGAGCAGUGCAAUGUGUCCUCCUUGUUCAUGUGGAGUCACAGUCGAGCGCUGUGCUCCCCCCCGGCCUGUCCUCUCACCAAGCGCAACGAGUUCAGCAACCAGACGCAGUGUUUCCAGACGUGUGGCGCCAGGGGCCUGCAGGGGGCGCAGGACGCCUGUGGCUCCUACAGCCACGUGGUGUUAAAGGAAGUGCGUUUCUUCGAGCUGGAAUCCCUCUACCCUCUUCUGCAGGACCCGAACUUAGACCUCCGCAUCAUCCACCUGGUCCGAGACCCCCGGGCGGUGGUGCGCUCCAGAGAGGCUUCGUCCGCCGCCUUCGUGAGAGACAACGCCAUCGUCCUGGAGCAGAAGAACAUCCCAGCGGCGGAGGUGCAGUACCAGGUCCUGCAGGAGAUCUGUCGUAGUCACGUGCGCAUCAACGAGAGGGCCACCCUGAAGCCCCCCCCAUUUCUGAAAGGCCGCUACAAAAUGGUGCGAUACGAGGACGUGGCACGCAACCCGCUGGAGGAGAUACAGGCCCUGUACGACUUCACCGGUCUGGACAUGACCGAGCAGCUGGAGGAGUGGAUCUACAGAGUGACCCACGGGAAAAGAAAAGUCUCCAAGGAAGACGCCUUUAAAAUCACCUCACGAAACGCCGCCGACAUCUCCCAGGCGUGGAGAACCGUGCUGCCGUACAGCAAGGUCAAACGCGUCCAGGAAGUGUGCAAAGGGGCCAUGUCGCUGCUCGGGUAUCGAACCGUCGACAGUGAGAAAGAACAGAAGCAACUCGACCUGAAUCUGCUGGUGCCAGAGGAACCGUAUCAGUUCAGCUGGUUACCGAAAACACAGCGUCCGGGCGACAGUUAGAAAACGAGAGGACACGGGACUGAGGUCACAGACGGUACAGACACUACUGACCUCAUGAGUCAACACACGUGAUGCUCAAGGUGUAACUUUGGUUUGUGAUGAGCCGACGCUGUGAGAGGAUUCAGCACAACAGCCUCGUGGGACUUUACAUUUUGUAAAGAACUAAAAACAGAGGGGCGGAUUUCAAGGGUUAGAAAAUACUUGAUCCUGCAAAUGUGGAACUAGAACUGAAAACCGCUGAAGAAGACGGACGUUUGGUUUUUCUCUGAGGUGUUUAUAAAAACUCACCAUCAUCUGCAGUCAUGUGAAGAAGCAGUUAAACUUCUGAGAUCAGGCUUCAUCCACACUCGUAUAGUUAAAAACAAAAAGCAUCUCAACCUGAUUCACAAGUGAGUCUCCAGCUGUAGCUUCAGAAUGAGGAAGUUUCAGAUAAAUGAUGAUUCUAACAAAGUGUUACUCACCUUGUCUCAGUGCAGGAAGUUUAUCUGGUUUAACUUUGCUAUGAAAACAUGAUCAGUGUCUUUGUUCAGUUUAAUUCCAGCUGAUUAACUGGGACUGUGCUUCCUGGAUCUCCGCCUCUCUUCAUCUAUGUGUCUUUACUUACAUUGUUCUUUUUUUAACGAUUGAUUUGUUAACACCUAACUUCACCGAUGAUCCUAAAUAUCUGGUGCUCCUCGUCGAGUCGUGCUUUGAAAAGGAUUGAAGAGGAAACCUGUGAGCCUCGAGCAGGAAGUUAAAUCAUGGAUUUACUUGUUCUGAGCUGAAUCAAAGAUGAACUCGUGUUAUUAGCUGGUUUUUAGAUUCUCUGGGAGCUUUCUCUUCUUCACAUCACAUGUCAGAGCCGUGUUCUGAUUCAAACCCUCACUAGGCUCCCCUGGUAAACACACGUCUGUAUCUACUGAAGGAAGGUACUUCAAGGAUUUACCAGGAAAUCUUUGUGUUAGUGAACAAUACUUUGUGUUAGUGAACAAUACUUCUUAAAGUUGCAUUUAUCUAUAUUUUCAUAUCGAUGGGUUUAUUAUGAAUUGGUAUAGUUUAUUUUCCUAACCUGCAGCCUCAGUGUUGUGGUUCAGUCUCGACUGGUUUGUUCCUCAGGAGGAAGAGGAGGAGAGAUCUGAGCUGAGAGGAGAGUGAACGUUAAACUCAAAUUAACAAGUGGACGGAAACUUGACUCCAAACUAAAGUGCAGGCGGCUGAUCGGCUUCAUGAGGUGACAAUAACUUUACACAUGUGUUAGAAGUUGUUACAACUGCUAACAAAACAAAAAAACAAUGAAAGCAAAAUCAAGUUUAAAAGUGCAGUGUGUAGAAUCUAGUGACAUCUAGUGGUGAAGCAACAUGUUGCAGCUGAUCCCCCCCCCCAAACAUGAAAGAAAACCUGUGGUAGCUUCAGUUGUCAGAGAAACUCAAAAGGUUUAGUUUGUCCAAUCUGGGCUACUGUAAAAAACAUGUUGCCUCCGUAGAGAGGACUCGCUCCUAUGUAAAUAUGAAGUAUUUAAAUAUAAAGGACUUUUCAACAACAAUUCGUACAAUUGAGGUGAAACCCACCAGUGAAAACUUCACUGGGAUUAUCUUAUAUUAAAUUUCUGCCAAUAGACCUUUCAGCUAAAUCUUACACACUGGACCUUUAAAGGAAAUCAUUUUAAUUAGUGUUAUUAGUUUAAAUAUUAAAUGUUUACACCCACAUGAUGACGUUUCUCAAGUGUUUUAGCUGCGUAUCAGUUUUAAUCUACGUCCACACAUCUGGACUCGUCCACAUGUUAACAGCUGUAUCGUAGUCACAUACAGAGGUGAAGUGAGCAGCAGCUGCUACAGGAUCAGUAAGACUCAGAUAGAUUCUGAUGAUUCAGCCUGAACAGUUCACACGUGUCCCUGAACAAUGUGAAAGAUGCUGAGCACACACCGGCUCCGUCUCUCUGAGGGUUUAUUUUCUGAAGUUUCUGAUACGUUAUGGUACUAAAAGUAUAAUAAACUUUCACAUGUACACCUUGUUCUUUUAUUCUGUUGCUGUCACAGUGUGAGAGGCUCACUGUUUACAUGUGGGCGCCACCUGUUGGCUGAGUUCUGGAGCUACAUGAAACAGAGGGCACAAAACUAUAACACAAUCAAAACACAUUCUCUAUACGUGACACUUUUCGAGCUAAAGCACAACGGGCCUUUCAGGUUUACAAGGAUCUGCAUUCUGUAAACAUGUUGUCUCCCAGGGGAACAUGGAAACAGCACUGAGCUCAGAUAUUAAUCGAUAAACAUACAAGUAUUAUAUUGUUAUAAAUAAAAUAAAACAGAGUAUCUAACAAUAAAAAAAAAAAUACAAGGUGACCCGAAGGGAAAUAUGCUUCACUAGAAUAAAUAAAGGAAUCAACUAAAAACAACACAAUUAUAGUAGAUUUUAAAAUAUCACAUGAAGUGAGUAUGUGCUGUAAUUAUGAAAAAUUAUAUUAAAGCUAAUUCCAGGAACUAUGAGUGAACACGUACCAUUUAUAUUCAUAAAAAACUAAUAAACACAAUUGAUUUUAAUUUGAAAAAUAAUAAAUAAAUACAUUAGAAAAUGAAAUUAGAUGUCUGUGUUAUGCUUCUACAUUUAAUCUGACUUUAUAAACUUUAAUCAGAUAUUAUACAUCGUUAUAGAUGAAAGGACUAAUUAUCACUAAUAAUAAUAUUGUACUAACAGUCACCAUCAUCACCAUGACAACCUGUU